GAUUUUUCUCAAACGAGCACGGUGCUCCGGCUUUCCAUAGAAUGAGGACAAAAUGAGGACCCACGCCAACAUCUCAGCUGAGAAUCUCUAAUGGAACCCACAGACGAUUAUGCUUUUCCUCCCGUUUCUUUAAAGCCUCUUUUGACUGAGAUUUCUGGGCUUCUGAGGUCGACCUCGUCGACGCUUGCAGUGGCAGAAACUACAUCAGGUGGUCUCGUGUCAGCUUCCCUGCUCUCUGUUUCUGGAGCAAGCAAGUUUUUCGCGGGUGGAGCGACAGUGUAUGCCACAAAAUCACGGAGGGCUUGGGCAGGUUGGACCGAUCAGGACGUGGUGAACUACAAUGGACCCACACCGAAACUCGUCAUGGAGCUCGCAGCGAACGUCAGGGAGCAGAUGGAUGUCACAUACUGCAUUGGGGAGUGGGGUGCUGCAGGUCCUACUGUCCCGGGUCCACCACUUGUUCAUAUGAUAGCAGGGCAAACAUGUAUUGCCGUCGUGUCUCGUGAAGGUGCUGUGACUCGUGUCGUGAACACAGGUGUCGCAGACAGAGAGAAGAAUAUGAUGGCUUUUACGAAGGCAGCCUUGGUGCUGCUGAGGGACGUUCUUGCAGGAGAUGUCAAACUGGAGCAGCAGUACCGGCCUGACUCAGGGGGUUCGGAGCCUGAGGCCACCAAGUUUUAAGCAUUUCACGCCACACUAGUAGUAUCAGGUGCUAUUGUCACCCGGUGUCUUAACUUUAUUGCAGCCUCACAUACAUGUUGCACGCAUACUUACCUAGGCCUCAUAUGUGGUUGAUACGUGAGAUAAUCUACCUCAGAUACCCUCCCGGCCAUCAUCUCUGGGCAAUAUCUGAGACCUACAUCACUGCCUUUUUGCCUUGCUCAUUGCCUCGGUCUCCUCUGCACUCAGUAUACGGCCUUGCAGCUCUUUCUCCACCUCCAACCCUA